GGUGAUGAAAAUGUUCUAAAAUUGAUUGUGGUGAUCGUUGUUGCUGUUAGGUGCCGUCAAGUUGAUUCUGACUCGUACAACUCUGUGAAUAGCUACUGAAUUCUAUCAUUGUCCAUGUUUGAGUAUUUUUAUGCAAGCGGAGAAGGGAGGUUAAGGAGAGCUUCUCUAACUUCACAAUUCUAGAGCUCUCUCUUCCCUUAUGUUUGUACCUUCUCUUCCUCUCUUUUUCAUUAUACUUCAGGGCAAAACUUUAGCCGACUCACGUCCAACGGUAUCCAGUAAAUGGCUGGAAAAGCCUCUUGUAUGCUUUCUUACUUACAGAGUAAACACCUUUCUCUUUCUGGUAUGGAACAGAAAGCGGAGAUUUGAAGAAGCGAACCCUUUUCCGCGCCAGUUCGAAGAUCUGGGAAGCUGAAGACAAGCCCUCUGGACAACCCGCGGCGUCGACCCCGGCCCACACUUCGAACGAGAGGCCUGCGGGCCGCCUGCGGCUCGCCGCGCCUCAGUUCCUACCCCACGAGAAAGAGGCGCCGGAGGUCUCGACAGCUCCUCCGCCGGCGCUCUCGCCCGCAGGCACUUUACUCCGGACGCCGCCUGCCAACCCGGAAAGAAUCCUCUGGCUUUCCUGCGGCGCGCUACCUCUCUCACUGACAGAAAUGUUUUCCAAGACUUCGUAUUACCAGUCGGCAUUGGAGCACCUGCGUAGUCACCCCGAGGCACUGGAAGCUCUGGGCCUUCCUGUCAACAUUCACUAUCUCCACCUCACCGACAGGUUCAAUUUCAUCGACAUUACUGACGCCCAGUUGAAGAUUCCUGUCUCUGGGUCCAAGGCCAAGGGCCACCUCUACGUCAGCUCAUCCAGGGGUGCCCCCUUUAAGAGGUGGAACCUUCAGGAGGUCUUCUUAGAGCUCAGAGGAGGUCAGCAGAUUCCCAUGUUCAAGUCCAGUGAGGAGAACAGUGAUGACACAAAGAAAGAGUAAAGGUGAUCAGAAAGUCCCAGCUCUGUUCAAGCCUGGCCUUCUGUCCUGACCAGUGUGCACCCUGCAGCGGUGACCGGCGACAGCCCUCUCUGGGAGCAAACCCUGCCACAAGCCUCUUUCUGGGCACCAGUGGGAUGAUUGGAAGAGCCCACAUGUGCUAAUGCUGCUGUAAUUAUCACUUGACCACAAGGAACACUGUUGUGGUUUUUUAUUUAAUCAGAAAGAAAUCUUUGCUAUAAGUUUAUAAGAUAAUUUAUUUAAAAGCACUCUAUAUAAAAGCAAAGCACAGAGUAGAAGUGAGGACAUUUAAUAAUAAAAUGUUUGUUGGUUUUUACUGGUUGUCUUCUCUUUAUUUUCUUUUGCUCUCCCCACCCCAUCCCCUAGUUUUCAGCCUGAAGAGUGAAAAGACUUAGGCUUACUGCACUGAAGAGGUUUAAUUGUGGACAUUAGAAUGCUAAGAAAGACCAGGUAUUUUUGUUUCAGUCACUUUAUUCCAAAUUCACAUUGUUAAGUAGCUUGUGGGUAUUCUCAGUCACUUUGGAAUAUUUUCUUUGCUUCUGUAUUUUUGUUUUCUUAACCUCUGUUUCAGUUGCCAACAGUCUGCCUGAGUGACGAUUUGCCAAAGAGUAGCUUUUAUUUCAAACGUUUUGAAAGCUAAAAAAUGUGUAUGUGUACAUGAAUCUUAUGAAAGUUAGUUUAUAGCUACUGGGUUCUUAUCUCUCUGCUUUCCAGACAGCUUAGCCACCUAUUAGAGAACCAUGCCCUUGGGUUUUAUUACUCUUGUAAGGGAACUGAUUUAUAAAGCAGAAGACCUUCCCUCUGAGCACUGGAGCCUGCAAAACAGAAAUCUGGUAUCUUUGCUUUUAAAAGGCCAAUUUAGCUCUCUCUCAGUGUUAUUAGGCUCAGAGGACUCCUAAUUGCCUACAAUAAAGGGCAUUCAUGAGCUCUUUUCCUACAUUCUUAAUAUUCAUUAGAGAGAAGCCUCCCAGAAAACAUAAGCUUCAGCAUGCUAGUGGAGUACAAGGCCUUUAAUCACUGGAAGUUAUUUCUGUUCUGGAGUUUGUUUCUUUAAAAAUAUAUUUAUUUUUGUCCUUUGAAGAGAUUACACAGUGAAAAGUAAGUCUCUUUCUCUGAAGGCACUUUGCUAGUGUGUUUAUUAAUAACUAUAAACAAUCUUUUCAAACAAACGGGAGAGCCCCAUGCACAUGGUUUUGUGCUGCUUUAUCUUUAACAAGCACAUACUCUUCUGUUGUGUGUCUAUUGAUUUAUGUGUGCUUCACGUCAGACUGUCUGCGACAGCUUUGACCUCCUUUCAGUGUUGGCUAGUUUUUUUCUUGCUGUGGCCAAAUUCUAGAAAACCAGGGCCUAGAUGGGCCACCUGUUCUGAAGUAAAAGCAAAUGACAGUUUUUGUUCGUGUAGGGUUUGAGUUAAUGAUGAAGCUUUUCAAACCCAGUUGACAGGAAAUAGUAUUAUGUAGUGAAAAGCUCCUUGGUUUCUCUCAGAAAACUACCGUCUUGGGUAAUUUUCUUAGUUAGGUUUACUUCUAUAUUUUGUAUUUAAUGCCCUCAUGGCUGAUUCUGAACAGGUGAAGCCUGAUCAUUGCAGUAGCCAUCUUCUCUCCUUUUGUUUCAGCAUAGCCAUGAUGUGUAUUUGCAGCCCACUACUUCCCGGUGUACUCAGUCAUCACCAUGACUCAGCCAUUCAUUGCUUCCCACUAACUACGUUGAAGACGUCUUGGAGGGUGCGUGUAAUCAUCAGAGGAAAAGGGGACUUUCUGCCAUGGGCAGAGUUUGAGCAAGUGCCCCUUGCACAUCCCAUAAUAGACACAGGAGAGCCAAGAGAUUGGAGAAAGGGCUGCACUAGAAUUGUGAGAAUUGUAGAAUUGUAAGGAUGGCAGGAUAGAGACCAGAAAUCUCAGCCACAAGUGGUGGCAUGACUCCCAUGUGCCAUUACUGUACAGAGUCCCACCUUAAAGUUGCUUACCAGCUAGUAAGGUGGGUGAGUGGGAUGGGGUAUUACAGAGGAUUGGAAUACUGUGCCAAAAAGAGUUUUAAGCAAUGGUGCUAAAAGGAUGCAGGGGAGAGAGAUACCAGGUGAGGAGGAAUCCAAAUGAGGCUACAUGGAGGGAGUGCUGUUCCACUGGGCCUUGGAGUCUAAGACUGUAACAAGCAGACAGGAUGGAGAAUGCCUUACAAGAGGGAAGAACAACCUUAACAAAUACCCUGGAGUGGGGGCCCGUGACCUAUGCCCCAGAAAUAAGAUAGUUUGGCCAGUGUAUAGGUUAGAUGAAGAUCUAGUAAAAGAAUGACCCAGAAAGGUAGACUGGCCAUAGCAGAGGGACAGCGUUAAGAUUUUGUACUAAUUUUGCAUACAGCUGGUGGCCUUCAGAGAUUUUGGCGUGAGUGUAUACGUCUACUGCUAAUGAAGGCUUCAAAGACUGUGCUGAAUACGUACUGACAGGGCCUUUGUGACUUACAUAAAUCACAAAUUAUACUGUUGUUUGUUCAAUUUUUCUGCCUCUUCCUACCUCUCUUCCUUCCGAUCACCCCUGCCCCCACUCCAGGGACCUGUUAAGACAAGGUCAUGUUACUCCCGGCUUUGGUAAAGCUGUAUAUAGCAAAGCUGAAGCUGAAAUAAAUGACACAUACACGAAACAGCCAGAACUUGAUGCAUUGGGAAGGUCAGGGAAAUGCUCAGUAGGCAGCAGCUCUGAUGUUUUCUGAAGGCAAGCAGCUGUGGAAACGGCCUAAGGGCACUUGAGUAUUUGGUGUUUUUGAUUUGUCCAUAAGAAAAAUAUGAAUAAAUAUUUACCAGUUACCUGCCUGACAGGUGAGGCAAUGUUGAUACUGCACAUUGGGAAGCUUGUUCAGGAGAUGCUGUCUACCCAGGGAGCGUGAUGACCGUGGGGGUCAAGGAGGCAGGAGGCUGACAGGAAAUCCCCAGUCUCCACCCACAAAAAAUUCUUCCCUUCUUAGUAACCCUGUUCAUAGUCCAGGCUUGUCUUUGGCGGAGUUCAGCAGAGUUGUUUAGUUGAAAGUACUGUCAGGAAUGUGCGCAGAAAAAAAAUGUAGCGUUUUGCAAUCCAGAGUAGCAAAGUGGGAGAUGGUAAAUAUUAAAAACACUUCUCUCAGAUACAAGUUGGGUGGAGGUAAGUGAAAUUUGACUUUUCAGGAGAGGUUACUUUUCACUCCUAAAUUGUCUUCCAAUUUUUUUUUUCUUCAGAGGAAAUUUCCAUCAAAAAAAAAAUUUUUUUUUUUUUUGCUUUUUAAAAGGAAAUAUGCUUUAUAUAUCAGGCAGAUCACAUGCAAUAUAAUAUUAAAUGCUUUUCAUUAUUAUAUAAUAAACCCUCAAGGCAAAAAUAAGCUAUUUUUCCCACUACAUAAUGAUAAUACUUUUAACUUUAGUACUAUUUUAGUGUCAAUCACCUAGCAGUCUUACUUAAUAAGAAAAUAAUUUCUUACUUCGAAAUUAUUUUUUUGAAGUGAGUAUAAUAUUGAUAGAAAAGUCUGAUAGACCAUACACAAAAGAAACUACACACUCCCACAUGAAUGUUGAAACAAAAUUUCUAAAUACAGUAAAAUCUGCAAAAGCCAGACUGUAUAAAGCGGAAACCUGUCAGAGAAGGAAAAGUCAAAUAUUUUCCACUAAAACGAGCAAUAGAAAAGUAUUAAGACUGUAUCCUGUCAAAUGUGGAAAACUGCGAGACCCGGAAAAACAAGACAGUCCUAUCAAGUUUCAGCUCUCACAGGUUUCACUGUAUUGACUCCAACAGCAUCCACUGGUAGAUUGUAUUGUUUUUCACCAAACAUUUUGGUACCCUUCCUUUGUGGUGCCUUUCCCUAUGGGAGCAUUAUACAUCCCUGCCUUGUUGAACUUAGGCCAUGGGAUUUGUUUUGGCCAGUGAAUAGUGAGUGGAAGUGA